AUGGCGACGGCAGGAGGAGCCGCUGCAGCCAGCGGCGAGGACAAGAGCAACGGGGGCAAGAUCCCAGUACCCGUCUUCGAUGGCACGAGCAAGACCAUGAAGAAGCACCGCCGAGAGGUCGCCACCUGGCAGAUCGGGACCGAGGUCAAGCCGCCCAAGCAGGGAGCGACCUUGCUGGCCAGCCUGAAGGGCAAGGCCGAGGAGGCGUGCGAGGAGCUCGAACUCGACUCCAUCAAGGGCGACGACUCGGUGGAGGUGUUCCUGGAGUACCUCGGGAAGCGCUUUCCCGAGAUCGAGGUGCCGGAGACUCCAGCGCUGCUGGAGACCUUCGUGCGCCCGGCCUGCGUCCGGCACGAGUACGAGGAGAUCCGCGACUACAACAACCGCUUCAACGGGAUAGCCACCAAGCUGAAGGCCAAGGGCAUCCAGGUGCCCAACGAGGUCCUGGCGGACCUGUACAUCAAGGGGGCCCGCCUGCCCCCGGAGCGCGCGGCGAGCGUGCUCAACGGCGUGGGCAACAAGUUUAACCCCACCAAGAUCCAGGAGCAGUUGAUGAUCAACUUGCCCAAGGUAUCGGUCGUGGACGGCCACAAGGACAGCCACGACAAAGGAGGCUACGGAGGUCACAAGAACAAGGACCACAAGCGGGCGUACGCCACGGAGACCUACGAGGAGGAUCGUAGGGCCGAUCUCGACGGCGCGUCCUCAGACAGCUCCGACGACUACGAGGACGAGCUGCCCGACGAGCUGCAGGACGCGAUCGACGAGGCGGAGGAGCAGGUAGCCUUCUUCACCAAGAAGAUGGUGCGCGCCAAGGACAAGCUGAAGGAGGCGAAGCAGGCGCGCGGCUACUUCGCCAAGCGCGACGGCGGCAACCCGCCGAAGAGAGACGAUCCCAAGAUCGCCAAGAUGAAGGCAAGGACACACUGCGGUGCAUGUGGCCAGAAGGGCCAUUGGCGCGGUGACCCGCAGUGCCCGAAGAAGAACGACCCUAGCGCCAAGGCCGACAUCCCGAGGAAGGGAAGCAACAGGACGAACAUCGCCACGAACGAGACCAGCGACGCGCAGGAGCCUCACGCGGCGGAGAUGACGGUCGCGGCGGUCUACCAGCAGGACCAGCGGGCCGCGGCUCGCGACAGGAAGUACGGCGCGCUGCACAGCAUCGACUGGACGCAGAUGCGCCAGGCCGCCGGGCUACCCGAAGAAGUUACGGCAGCGGCGUUCUUCAUCAAUAAGGACCACCAGUGCCUGAUGGCCGCGACGAGCUCGGCGCUUAUCUACCUCAGCGUCGAAGACCUGCUGAAGGAGUCGGGGGGCAAGCUGACCUUCGACACGGCCUGCGCGCGGUGCGUCGGCGGCCUCGACUGGUACAACGACAUCAAGAAAAGACUGGCCGCCUUCAACAUCCAGCCCAUCGAGUACCCCGAAAAGGAGCCGUUCCGAUUCGGGGCGUCCAAGGUGGUGUUCAGCCUCAAGGCGGCGCUGAUCCCCUGUUCGGUGAACGGCAAGGCCUUCACCGUCCGCAUGAGCAUCGUGCGCAGCGCCGCGCCAGGCCUGUUCAGCCGCAAGGCCCAAAGCGAGCUGGACACAGUCUACCACGCCGGAGACAACAAGCUGGACAUCAAAUCGAUCGACGAGCACGACAUUCAGAUGGGGCUGAGCCGCGCCGGACACCCGACGCUGGACAUCACAAACUUUACGCCGAGCUACAAGCCCGUUUCGGACGUCUCGGAUACCAAGGCCGAGGUUCGUCUCCACCCUUGCGCUUCUUACCACGCUGAGACAGCUGCGGCCAGCGCCGCCAAGCCGGCGGUGCCCGAGGCUCGCCACCAAAGGGUCGCCUCGGAGGCCGACGAGUCUCAGUCGGACACUGACUGCGACGCGCUCGAUAGCGCCGAACUGUUCGAGCAGCAGGUGCGCCAGGAGACGAGCCCGGGGAGCAGCAACCAGAACUUGCCGACGACGAGUACUGCCCGCCCCCCGGCGAUAUCCAGCAUGCGGAUGCCGGAGCUGCAGGCCGAGGUGGCAAGCUACGACUUGGAUGUGCGCGACGCCACGCACGACCAGCUCCGGGUGAUCUUGCGCGCGCUGAGGGCCGAGGGCCGCGAGAGCACGCCGCAGGACAACUGCAUCCCGGGGCCCGGCAAGAAGAACAAGGAGGAGCUCCAGCAGCUGUGCCGGGACCGCAAGAUCGAGUUCGACCAGCGCACGACCGUGCCGGAGCUCAGGCAGCGCCUCAAGGGCUGGAAGGUCGAGGACGCGGCCAGCAAAGCCUCGGCAACGGUGGCUCAUCCGAGCUCACAGAUCACCGGGGACGACAAGAUGCGCUUCGGCAAGUGGGUCAAGGCGCACGGAGUGCAGCCCAUCGCCCCGGAGAAGGCCAAGACCACCUUGGAGGCAGUGAUGGCCGAGGAGGUGGUGCUGGACGACGAGUGGGCGGCGCCAGCGGCGACGACCACGAGGGCCUCAGCAAGCCAGGGGAGCUGGGCCGGGCAUCGGCGCCAGCGUCCUCCGGAGCCGCACGAGAUGGACACCAGCGACAUGGGCUUCGAGAAGGCGGGCGAGACCGACAGGGAGGACGGGUUGCCAGCCCCGAGGCGGCGGCCAGGCAUCAAGAAGGGCAAGCGCGUCGGCCUCCACUACCAGGUCACGGGCUUGCUGAGCGCCUUCGCCUUUCAGACGGUGCUCACCGCGGACUGGCUGGCUAGACCUCUCAAGCCAGUGGUGCAGCAUGCUACCAGUGCUGCGGGAGACAUGGUCGACCACGUCCAGAACGUCAAGGAGGCCGAUAGCGUUCGCAGCCACCGCGUGGACGUCAUGCAGGUGUUCGGAGGCGAAGGCGGCAUCACCGAGGCGGCGUGGAAGCGCCAGAUGACGGCCACAGAGGUGAUCGACCGCAAGUACGGCUGGGACUUGCGCAAGCAGAAGGACCUCGACGCGACGUGCGACCUGCACUACGCCUCGAGGCCGAAGUUCGUGUCAAUCGAGCUACCCUGCACCCACUACACGAACAUCACGCACCUCAACUUUCGGACGCCGCAGGCCAAGCAGGCGCCCCGGCGGAUCUGGAGGGCGGAGCGGCCGUUCCUUUUAUUGGCCCGCGACCUCUUCAAGUACCAGCUCGACUCUGGCGACAUGGCCAUGAUCGAGAACCCGGCCACCAGCCGGCUCUGGACACAGCGCGCGAUUUUGGAGCUACUGGCAGACGAGCGCGUGUACCAGGUGAGGUGCGACAUGUGCGAGUACGGGGCUCGACACUACAAGACGGGGGGACUCAUCAAGCACCCCACGAAGCUGCCCGUUACCCAUAAGGAGUUCGAGCAGCUGAAGCGCACCUGCAGCCACAAGCACCAUGACCAGACCUUCGGGGACAACGUGGCGGUGCGCAAGUCUGGCGUUAUCCUGCCAAGUGGGCAGCGCGCCUACCAAGUGGACUGCCAGUCGCACUCGUCGCCCUUCAUCGUGACAGUGCCCAGGGAGCAGGCCACCGCCUACGUGAACGACACCGCGCCCCUGGGAGAAACGGGCGAGCCUGAUGGGGGCCCAGGCCCCAUGGGCGGCGGAGACGACUUCGCCGACACUCACGACGUGCGGGCCGAAGAUACUGUGGACGGCAGGAUCGGGGUCGGCGCGAUUACCUUCACAAAGAAAGCAGCAGCCUGCUGCAAGCCAGCCGAGCUGGCCAUGCUCAAGAGACUCCAUGUCAACUUGGGCCAUCCGUCUAAUGAAGAUUUGGGCCGCAGUUUGCGACUCACAGGCGCUAAGUCGGCCACCGUCCAGGCCGUCGAGGGGCUGAUCUGCGGGGUGUGCCGCUCGCAGCAGCGCCCGAGCGCGAGGAGACCAGCGCACCUCCACUUCGUGCAAGAUUUUGGAGACGACGUCGGCUUCGACUGCUUCGAGCUCAAGGACGUCGACGGCAAGAGCUACUGGUACUUCAGUAUUGUCGACCUGGCCACCACCUUCCACGUCGCGACGCUGAUCGGUCGCAACACCAGCCAGGGGUUCGCCGCCGCGUUCGAGAGGUGCUGGGCCUCCUGGGCGGGCGUACCGGACCGAGUCCACUUCGACAUGGAGAAGGGGUUCGGCGGCGCCCUCAGCGAGCUGUUCCAGUCAUUCAACACGGUGCAGCUGCCCAUCGCCAGUCAGGCACAUUGGCAGCUCGGUCGCGUGGAACGCCAGGGAGCUUGGUGGAAGGAGCUCGCGGCGAGGACGAUCGAGCACUCGUCGAUCAGGGGCGAGGACGAGAUGCGGACGCUGGCCAUCAUGGUAUCGGGCGCGAAGAACUCGCUGAGAAGGCGAGCAGGUUUCAGCCCCGCGCAGUGGGUGCUGGGACGCGACCCCAAGAUGCCUGGAGACCUAGUCGACGAUACGGCCAACUACAGCGCCCACAGCCUCGCGGCCAAAGACGAGAAGAUUCGCCGACGAUAUGCUAUUCGGACGGCGGCGCGCGAGUCGUUCAUGAGGAUGCAGAACGACGACCAGCUCCGGCGAAAGAAGGAGCAGCGGGAGCAGCACAACCGCAACGCCAAGAAGGGCAUCUGUCGAGGGCCGUGCGUAGUCAUCGGCCACCAAGGCGAGAACACCUGGGUCUCGCUAGGAGGGCGCACCAUGCUUGUGGCCCCGGAGCACAUCAAGGCACUCGCUCCGGACGACGUCUGGUUCCCGAACGGCAGGGACGAGAUCGGUCAGGCCGUGGCCGAGCUCAACCGGGCUCGCGACUCGCUCGAACAGGAAGAGGCUCCGGUGGAGGACAUCCGCCCGGCGCCUGGCGAGCCCGAGGUCAAGCCAGACGAGAUGGAGCAGGCGUGGCGGGAAUUUAUCGACAACCCGGACGACAGCGACCUCAGGCUGAACGUAUCCGGGGAUCCGCCCCAGCAGGAGCAGGUCCAGGUGCUGCCCGCCGACGUGCCGCAGCAAGCUGAAGAGGAGCGAACCCACGGCCCUGCCGAGUUCCGACGACGUCAAGCUACCUUCGACGGAGGGGACAGCGGCGACUUCGGCCCGGCCUUCAAGCGCCUCCAGACCGAGAGGGAGCACGCAGGCUCUGGCGCUCUGGUACUCUCCGUCGAGGAGUCCGAGGCGAUCAGGGGCAUGGCCAAGCCCGGCCUCAUCCUGCCCAGCCGGUUUGUGUACCGGGACAAGAACGCCCCGCUGCGGACCGACAAGCAUCCACUGCCGGUCAAGGCGAAGGCCCGACUCUGCGCCGGGGGUCACAUGGACCCGCGCCUCGCUCAGGGCGACCUGCGGACGGACGCGCCCACGGUCACCCGCAACUCGACCACGCUGUUCUUCACCAUCUGCCAGAGGUUCGACCUGGAGAUCUACGCGGCGGACGUGGAGGCGGCUUUCAUGCAAGGCGACGAGCAGCCCGACCAGCAGCUGUACAUGGCCCAGCCUCGCGAAGGUCUGCCUGGGCUUAACCCGAAGCAGCUGAUCAAAAUCCUCAAGGGAGUUUUCGGGCUGGCGACGGCACCGAGACAGUGGUGGGCGAAGCUCAAGAGGACCUUGCUCGCGGUGGAGGAGAAGCUGAGUGACAACUACGUGUUUCGCCUACACCAGCACUCGCUGGACCCAGCGCUGUACUGCGGCUACGACCAGCACGGGGAGCUCUGUGCGGUGGUGGUCGCCCACGUGGACGACUUGCUGCUGGGGGUCUCGCACAAGUACCCGGGCCUCUACGACAGGCUUCACAAGCUUUUGCCCUGGGGCGACUGGCGAGGCUUGCCUUUUACCUUUUGCGGCAAGCAGGCCUGGCGAGAUCAAGAAGGAGUGCUACAUCUACAGCAGACCGAGCACGCGAACACCAUCGAGGAGAUUCCGCUCAGCAAGGAGCGCAAGACGGAACUGUCGUCAGAUGCUACGCCAGCCGAGUUCUCGGACAACCGCUCCGCACUCGCAGCGCUCGGGCGGCCUUCAUCGCAGACUCGCCCCGACCUGGCAGCUGGAGUGGCCAUGGGGCAGCGAGCCCAGAACAAGCCCACCAUCCAGGACUUGCUCGAGACGAACAGGCUCAUCAAGCUGGCGCGGAAGCACGCGGACGUGGGUUUGGAGUUCCCUAAGUUACGCGGACCUCUGUGCCUGGUGACGUUCCACGACGCCAUUUGGGCCAACGCUGAUGAGCCAGCUGAAGGCGCCAUCUCCAAGUUGCUCGCGAAGAUCGUGGAAGCAACCAGUAAGGACAAGAAGAUCAAGAUUCGCUCGCAGGCCGGCUACGUGACUUCUCUCGCAGAAGCCAAGCUACUACGCGGAGAUCGAGCUCGAGCAGGGAUCGUUGAUUGGAGAUCGGGCACCAUCAAGAGAGUUUGCAGAUCUACGUUGGCAGCCGAGACGAUGUCGGCAGUAGACGCUCUAGGCUGUGCUCAGAUUACACGCUGUGGUUUCGCUUCGCUAGAGAUUCCGGAUGCCCAUCCAGAGGACAUCCCGCCGAGUCUGUUGCCGCUCGCUCAGGUCACAGAUUGCGCCAGCUUGUGCGAUACGAUGCACAAAGACGGUUAUUCCAAGCCCCCGUCAAAGCGGCGCCUUUUGCUCGACCUAGUGGGCCUCAAGGAGUCACUAGAAGAGGAAGUUAGCAACGAGUUCGUCGCUGACGAUCAGCGCAGCCAGCUACCUCUCUUUUGGGUUCCGACUGAUCAACAGCUCGGUGAUCAGUUCACCAAGCGAUCGGACGGCAGUGCUAUCAGGGCAGCGCUGCGAGACACACGCCUCGCUUUGCAGCAUCAAGAGCCGACUGACCAGGCCAGAAAGCACGAGGCACACCUGACCAGUGCCGGCUCACUUUUCAAGCGCGCGGUGCGCCUGGUCUCAUUUUAG